CAAGUUGCGUUCGCACGAAACGCAGGUAGAGGCUCUUGUACCUGGUGCGCCGACUAGGUUCACAUGCUAGGGCAAGUUGUCCGGGCCUUACGCCCGAUCCCUGUAACACCCGUUGCGUGUUGCCCAACCCGCAUCUAUCUCGUCAGCCGGAACGCGCAAGUCGUGCGGCUUGAUAAGGCCAGCAUGCCCAGACUCACACACCUCAGAGUGCAUUCCACUCAAUUGAUUUUUCGCAGCUUUGUCUGCGCGCGCGUUCCUUGUGUUAAUACUAAUAGAAGGAACGGAAAAGUAGGAUGAAGGCAAGACUGAAGAGUGUCUUCUCACAUUCUGCGCCCCGCUGGGAGCCGUCAGACAUUCGUUCGCAAGACCCGGGACAAAGAUCACACUCAGACGCACGCCAUGCAGGCCCGCACGAUAAGCCAAAUGAGCGCGUAACUUUUCACAUCAAAUCCACGUCGUCGACAACCCCUCCAACCCGUAAUCAGAACACCCAAUUGCUCAAACCUCGCAAAUCAGCAAUAAGUCUGACCUCCAUCCCGGACCGCGAGCUCGAUGCGCGCACGAACUUCCAAUGGCAGUCGACAUUCUUCGCACAGCUACCACUGGAGAUCAGGCGCAUGGUGUAUGGAUAUCUGUAUGAAGGCGAGACAAUCCACCUCACGGUCGGCGAGAAGAAGGACAAACUCGGCCGCAGCGUUCCCAAGUUCCGCAACUUCAUCUGCACGCAGGUGCACAUCGGACAAUGCACAUGCCGCGUCGUCGUCACAGGCAGCCCUCUGGAAAACUCGCUGCCGCAGCUGGAACCCGCGCAGCUGGGCCUGAUCCGGAGCUGCCGGAGACUGUACUCAGAGUGCAUCUACCACCUCUACGCACACCACACCUUCUCGCUCCUCCACGCAACCCACCUCCUCGCCCUCCCCAAGCGCAUGCCCGAGCAGCGCCUCAACGCAAUCCGCGACCUGCGUCUGCGCUGGCAGAUCCGCGCGCUGCCGUACCUGCGCCGCGGCACCGGCACCAAGUACGCGUACCACGAGGACACGCUCAACUGGGAGAAGGCGUGGGCCAUACUGGCGGGCAUGAAGGGGCUGAAGCGGCUCAGCGUGGUGCUGACGGACCCCAGUGCGCACGCUAUCUGGGAGAAUAAUUGGAUUGAGCUGGAAGCGCUGAUUCUGGCGCCGCUGAAGAAGAUCACGGUCCCGGAGUUUGAGGUCGUGCUGCCGUAUGAGCGGUGUGAUGCGGAGAGGGAUAUGGGGGCAUGUGGGGUGAGGUUCAGGAGGCCGAGUGAGUUUGAGGAGCGGGAGCAGCCGUGAGCGUCUGAGAUCGUCUGAGAUCGGCUGAGAUCGGCUGAGAUCGCCUGAGGUCGUCUGAGAUUGUCUGAGAUGAGGAG